AUGGGUGUUAAACCUGCAAUUGGAAGAAAAACUAACAAGAACCCCCCAUUCUUUAGUCAUGAAUUUGUCAUUCAGAACCAUGCUGAUAUUGUUUCGUGUGUGGUGAUGGUCUUCUUGGUCGGACUUAUGGUACAGGCGACAAGUCCUAUUGCAAGUUUAUUUAUCAGCCUGCACCAUAAUGUAACUGGAGUAGAACCAACGCGCGAGUCACCGAAAGGCGAACCAUUCUUAUACGAAGCUGGUUGGAAAGAUGCUUGUGCAGUUUUCUUUUAUUCUCUUGUAUGCAUUGUUAUGCAUGCAAUACUUCAAGAGUACUUUUUAGAUAAAAUAUCAAAGAAAUUUCACCUCUCAAAGUCAAGAUUAAGUGCUCUAAAUGAAUCUGGCCAGCUGGUAGUAUUCCAACUUGUAACUUUGCUAUGGGGAGGAGAUGCUAUUCUUCGUGAAGGAUUUAUUUUCAAUAUUUCUCAGUUAUGGGAUGGCUAUCCAAACCACCCAAUGAGUUUCUUAUUAAAGUUAUGGUGGGUAGUCCAAGCUUCUUACUGGAUACAUACUAUCCCAGAGCUGUACUUCCAGCGAAUCAAGAAGGAUGAGUGGUCAGGACGCAUAAGACAUGCUGCUGCUGCCUUUGCAUUUGUAGCCUUAGCCUAUGGUUUCAAAUUCCAAAGGGUUGGAGUUUGUUUGGUUGUCCUGCACUCGUUGGCUGAAUUUGUGGCCCACUGCUACCGCCUCAAUACCAUUCUUCGAGGAGAAAGGGAAGACUAUUUGGACAAAUUCCUGGGUCUGCUAAAUGGGUCGGUGUUCGUGGCCGUGCGCCUGUGCUCGCUGGUGCUGGGCGUGCUCACCUUCUACUUCGGCGUGGCGGACGCGGCGCCGCUGCUGCUGCGGAUGGCCGCCCUCGCCGUACUAGUCUUCUUCCAGGUUUACUUGAUGUUUAACUUCAUUAACGAAGCUAUUAAGCAGCGUCAAGAGGCUCGCCAGCUCGCGCAGGCCAAGCCUAAGAAGGAAAAGAAAGAGAAGCCUAAGAAAGAAAAAGUAAAGAAAGUAUACAAUGAGGACUCCGACCUCCCAGAAGUAGAUCAGAACACGAACAAGACUCUCCGACAACGGCAAGCAGCCAAGACUAAG